AGGCAAGUCGUACUAGAGGAGAUAGUUUCAGUUGGUUUUGGAACGCAAUUGGAAAUCGUAAUUCAUUAUUUCUCUGUAGAUUACCUUAUUAGUGAUAGACUUAAUUAAUCAGAAUGUCAUAUUCAAUACAAUGGAAUAGGAAUAACAUAAACAAAAUGAUUUAACGUUAAUAUAAUUAUUCCCAUCUUUAUUUUAACUAUUUAAUGAUAAUUUGCCGUCAUGUGGAAGUGCCAUAAAUGUGGAAAACCUGUUUAUUUUGCGGAACGUAAGCAAUCUUUAGGAUAUGAUUGGCAUCCAGAAUGUUUACGCUGUGAGGAAUGUGGAAAGCGUUUGAAUCCUGGGCAACAUGCAGAGCACAAAGGAGUACCAUACUGCCAUGUACCAUGUUAUGGUGCUCUUUUUGGACCUCAAUUAUUUGGUCAUGGUACAAGAGUAGAAUCACAUACAAGUUUUGGAAAAAAAGAAGUUCGUCCAUCGUUACCGAGGUCACAUUUAGAAUCAAAAUUGAAAGUUUUUAAUCAGUAUUACGAAGGUAAAAGUGGUGGAAUCCGAAGUCGCGAGGUCAAUGGAAGAUUAAUAUUGGAAGGUGCCUUGAGAAUAUAUUGGGGUGUUCGAGGUGUUAUUCAUUUGAAAGAAGACGAUGAUCAACGUACUGUUGUUACUGCACGUAAUAGAAAUUCUUGUAGACGUAGUGUCUCUGAGGAUUUGGAGGACGAAGAUAAAACUGAUAUCACGUUGAAGAGUACAUCGGAAUGUGACACGGAAGGGAAUGCAAAGUCAAUUCCGCAAUCUCCCGAUCAUUUAAAAAGUUUGACAUUGCCUAUGAAAUUAGAUGUUAAAACCAUGGAAUGGGAUGAAUUAGAUGAAUUACUUCAGGUUGAACGAAAGGUAGACGAGGGUAAUAAAUUGUAUUCGACGAUGCCUGAAAAUCUUCCAUCGAUAAGUUCUAAUAACGAAACAUCAGUUCAUUCUUCUGAAUCAAGUUUCGAUAAAACAGAUUCUCGUGAUAAUUCCGAAACAAAUAGUCCUAAUCAUCAUGUUAAUAGGGGUAAUGAUAGUAGUAUAAAUAGUACACCGACACAUAGCAUUGGUAGUUCUUCCAGCACUGAUACGCCUAUUUAUCAUGGGACACCAAAUCGGAACGGUACUCUUCGUAGGGUAGAAUAUUUCGAUAAUUUGGAAAAGAAUGUUAUUGGUAAUAGAUCUAUUAGUACUGACGAUAGUUGGAUAGAAAAGGGCUUAAAUCGUUCAAUGUCCGGUCCAGAUUGUCUUCAACGGCAUCGUACAGACAGUGAUACGGAUUCUGUAAAUUCUCUGCAAUUUAGAGAAGAUGAUAACAUGACAAUGUCAACUGAUAGUGGUUUGGAGUUGGACGGCGUUGUUCUAAGACGUAAACAAGGAUCCACCGCAAUUCGACGUAGACCAGGUGGUCGACGUCAAUCACGUAGCCGAUUAAGACGUCGUUGUUCAAUAAAUGGUCAUUUCUAUAAUCGAGAAACUAGUUUCUUUACACCACCACAUGGUUCUCAAAUGUCUGUUUGGGUUACGAGUUUAGUAAACACGCAAGAGGUUAUUAAUCUUAUGCUCGACAAAUAUAAAGUGGACGCUAAAUCGGAUAACUUUGCAUUGUUCGUAGUCCGCGAUAAUGGUGAGCAAAGAAGAUUGAGAGACGACGAGUAUCCAUUGGAAGUGAGAGUAGUAUUGGGGCCACAUGAAAAUGUAGCAAGAUUAUUUUUGGUCGAUAAACUUUCUACACCUGAAAUCAGUUCAGAUGUUGCACAGUUCCUUAAUCUAUCAUUAGCAGAAUGCCAUGGUAUAUUGCAACGUUAUCAUUAUGAGGAAGAACGACAGAUUGUACUUUUAAAAGAAAAAUACAAGGAGAUGCGAAAAAGAAUAAAACAGAGAAUGGAGGAAUUGAAGGUCCGAUUGUAAUUAAGUGAUUAAAAACAACGGACGCACACGGUAAACAGAUCAUUAUUUUUCUAUGAAUCUUCAUUGAUAACAUACAUUUUCUUUUUUCUUAUAUUGUUGAAUGAUUAACAGAGAAAGAAAGAUAUUUAGGAUUAUAAAUAAUAAUUAUAAUAAUCGAUCGAUUCCUUCUUGACGGCCUUGCAAAUUGAAUUUUUAGAUUAAAUUAUGUUUUUGCAAUAAUAUGCAAGUCAUAUUAAACGUAGUCAAUAUCAUAUUUUCAAUUUAGCACUUAUAUCUUAUUUUUAAAUCAUUGUUUUUUUUAUCGUAUAUAUUCGUUGCAUUUAUCUACAGUUGGCAUAUAUAUAUAUAUAUAUAUGUGUGUGUAUGUGUAUUUAUAUAUAUAUGCAUAUGCACAUACAUAUAUAUAUAUAUAUAUAUAUAUACACACUGGCAAGUUAGUUAAUCUGGUGCAAUUCAAUGACAGAACCAAAUCUCAAUUAAAGAAUCAGUAAUAUGUAUUGCAUAUGCUAUUUGAUAUCAAAUAAGCAUUACUCUAGUAUGUCCAUGUGUGUAUACGUGUGUGCGUGCACGUGUACAUGCACAUUGUUAUUAUAUAAGGCAACUUUUUAAUAAUUAGUAUUUGUCUUUCUUAUAACCGUUUAUUAACGUUAUUUACUAUAGUAAUAGAAAUGCAUUACAUUAUUACUGUAAUCUGUGGUCUCGUGAUCUAUCUGAAAAAUAAACAGAUAGUUAGAUAUAUAUAUAUAUAUAUAUAUAUAUAUAUAUAUAUAUAUAUAUAUAUAUAUAUGUAAUUAAUAUGGUAUGCAAAUAUCGAUCAAUUAAUGGCCAUGCUAUGAAUCUCAAAGAUUUAAAGUUUCUUGAAGUAGGGAUUAUGCGUGAAGAAAAUAAUGAGGAUUGCUAUUAUAUAAGAACAUUCGAUGGCUUGUAAAAAAACAUGUUUCCAUAUGUAUGUAGACAUGUAUCAUAUCUAUCUCAUGCAGUAAUAUACUUGUGUUCAUGCUCCUUUCAUUCAAUCAGAUUUUAUAUCGAACGAACAAUUCUAUUAUAGCUAUUUAGAAACGAACAAGUAAAUAAAUUAAUAAAUAAAUAAAUAA